GGAUGCUCGGGCUUGAGCAUAACACCGACAAGAGCUCACCGCAAAGAAAGCCUGCGCCAGCGUCCGAGCGCGCGCUCGGCCAGCAGGGGUGCAUCGUCGUCCGCUAGCUCCGCCCCGUAAAUGUCCCUGGAUGAUUACGAACCUUGGAAAAGGCUACUGCUCGGCCGACUGCAUUCGUUCGGGCUUUACACAUGCCCACGGCUGGAUCUGGCUUGGAUGAAUCAUAACGCAUGCCACGGCGCCAUCGCUGCCAGAGGGCAUCGCAUGUAAUCGCACCCCCAUAUGUCCGCCCUUCAGCAGAGUCACGGUCCAAAGUCCGCUAGCCCACGGCUGCAGACCGCACUUCUGUGCCUACGAGCACCUGCAUGGAAUGCCAGUUGCGCGUCCUCGCAAGAGCGUCGUCCGCCAAAUUGCUGCUGCCUGAGCCCACACUGCGCUGGCGUGUGCUGGCACGCUGGCUCCAGUCGUCUCAGCCUCCGCGUGCUGCCAAUCCGCGCCUCAGCUGAUCUCGUCGAGCGUGGGCAGCCACAGCAGCGGACAGACCGCCCAGCCCGCGGGCCCUCCGUCGUCUGUGUAGAAAGUGCAGCUCGGCGCGCUCGCGUUCCAUCGCUUGCGUCGCAUCGCAGCGCUUCGCUUUGCACGCUGGAGACGACGGGACAGUCAAUUGCACGGCUCUCGAUUCCACCUCUGCUUGCGACGCCUUGCUCCCGUCGGGCCCGUCUACGCGUGCCCACCGCCUCGGGCUCGGAGCAUCCAAAUGUGCCCGUCCCACGAUCGUUUCCGUGGUAGCAAGGAGUCAUCACGCCUGCUCGGACGAAUUGACAGCGCGUCCCGUGUUAGCGCAGAAGCGGGCACUCGGUCUUUGGCAGCCUCAGACGGGCGAACCAGCGGAACACCAAGGCUGCCGCCGUCCGCCCAAGUGUGGGGAAACGUCAUGGCAGAUCAGAGCAGGCCUUCUAACGAU